CCUCGGCAUGGCUACUUCAUCCCCAGCCAAUAAAUUUCGCACGAAAACCUCCGAUUUUGCCGACUUUCUUCGAGGAGUUGGUCAACAUCAGCAUCACACGAGCACUCCCCGACGAGCGUCAGACAAUCCUCCAACAUCUUCUUCUACAUCGACAUCAGACGCGCAGGAUGGCAUGCGGAGGAAGAAAACAUUGAUACCAUUCUUUGGACGCGUCAGAAGGAAGUCCAACGUUUCCGGUACCUCUGGGGGAGAAGUGUCUGAGCACGAAGGCGCCGACAAGAGGUCGCAGUCAUUGGCAUUGGUGGCGGACGAUCAGUAAGUUUUCCCUCCGUUUCCGUUUCUGGUUUGCCUUUUCGGGAAGUUGGCCAGAUCGUGAUCAGCUUCUUUGCUACCCUGCUCGUCUAUUCAAGAUAUAUGGAACCGGACUAACCUGUGUUUGAUGUAGGCGCAGUUUUAUGGUGAUCUCGCCAGAAUUUGCUUCGCCUGUCGCUUCCGCUGCUUCCCAACAUCAAUUGCCCAACACGAUAUCUCGUGUCACAAAACUACGGACCCUCCGUAAACCUAACGGAAGGAUCACCGGCGUCCGUUCUCCUACCGGAUACACGUCCGAUUCAUUGGUGCCGCCGCCCAAAAAAGCGCGUCCGAGCAUAGAUUCCACUACCUCCAAGGAGACGCGUUCCACUACCCCUCGACCAAAACAGCCAACAAUUACCAUAUCCCAGCCGCCCAAUAGUUUUCUAGACGAUAAUUACGACGACUUGUUCACUAAACCCCGCAAGAAAUUGCACGACAGCAGCGUUUCCCCCUCCCCCCCGACCUCUAACGAUCAUGAUGAUCGAGCCUUCCAUAGCGAUGGUGACAUUUCCCCGACAUCGUUGCUAUUUCCUCGUUCGUCUUCGUCAAAUAAACCCCCCCCUCAAUCUGGAUCAUCUACUUCUCCUCCUCCUCCUCCUCCUCCUCCUCCUCCUCCUAUGUCACCUACGUCUUUCCGCGACUGGCGGAUUGUUGGAGACGAAACAAGUUCCCUAAAAUCGACCAGGAGUUCGCGGAGACUUGUCUCCGAUGAUAUUACUAGAACCUCAGGCGAGGAAUCGGAGGCGAUUUCCACAAUUUCCAUGCCGGUAACGUCUGCCAGUGACACAGACAAGCGGUCCUCUACGACAUCCUGGCUCCAUAAUGAAUCGCGGAGAUCAAAGUCAAUGAUCAGAUCGCCAAUGCAAUCUGCGCCAAAUCAACCUCCGACGAUUCCUCUACCAGCUACCCCCGGACCUUCCCAGACGGUUCCAACUCGACUUUUAGGUUACAGUGGUACCCGACCAAGGGCCGUCACCAUUUCUUCUUCGGCUUCUUCUCGUGCCCAGGUCGCUACCUCUCCACUGCCCACAUCACUCCCGCCAAGGCACAGCCAAUCCACGUCCCGGGAUCGCAAGUCCACUGACGAGAACGCCAAGAAGGAAAAUGCCGCCUUUGAUAUCGAAACGGCGUCCGCGGACCAAUUGCGACAAGCCCUCAUUCUCCGCGAUCAACAGCUUGAUGAGCUCGCGACCUACCUGCUCAAGGUGACGCAGAAUCAUGUUACCGAAAAGAACGCUCUCGAGAAAAAAAUAGCUUCUCUAGAAAGAGAGGCAGCGCGGCGCGAGAAGGAAAUUAAAGGACUCAGUUGGCUUGUCAGCAGUAAUCGUAUACAAGGAAGCGUCCCGCUCUCUAGCGCCGGGUUCAGAUCUAUGACCGUGCAGGAGUCGGAGUCGGAGAAGAACAGCAAAGGCGAUGCGACGUCUUCCAUGAUCAAAUCUCCGGCGUACAAGCAUGUCAAUUCCGAUUACGACGACUCAGGCGCAGAAUCUUAUCCGACGCCACGAACCGAGUCAGCCCGAGGCUCACUCUCCGGUGGCGAAUCAUCAUCCUCUCCAUCUCAGCAAGUCAAAUCAUAUAGAUUGGCGCCCAAGCUGGGGCUUUUGAGAGGGUCAUCAUUGCGAAUGGGGGGUACGCGUCUUGCGCUGGAAUCGGAUGGGAAGGAUACGCCCAAGGUGGAUAAGCGGGCUUCCGUGUCGUCUUUUGCUUCGUCGGCGGCAUCAUCAUCGCUAUCGGGUUCCUCAUCAAUGAUGCUGCCAUCGAGCCCCUCGAUGACUACGCUUUCUGCUAUUCCGGAGGGCCCACCUCCUGUCCCACCGAAGAAACCCCUGUCGCGGGAUCCAGCCAUAGUAGCUGCGAUAGGUACCGCGGAGCAGAGACGGGAGAAAGAGCAGAAGAAAAUCCCUCGAUCGAUGAACACGGCUCCUACUCCCGCGGCUGCAUAUGCUGCCAAUCUCCAGAAAGCACGACCGCGGUCCAUAGGUCAAAUACUCGACCAAACCGAAAAUACCUAGUCCUGAACCUUUUUCCCGUGUCGGUUCCGGGGAAAUUGUCUUGUUCAGAAGAUGCUAUUCGCGUCGUCCAUCCACCAAUAACUCCCAGAAGUCAGAACCACCCACCGUCCGGCUAUUCUAUUGUGGAUCCAGCGGCGGCCUCUUUUCACCGUGUAUCUAAUUGUCACUCACUAUCGUUGACAUUACCAUAUUGUGUUGUUUUU